GCUAGUUGGUGUGUGGAGGGAUGAAAUGACGACCGAGAGCGGAGUGGAAAUUCGCCUUUUUGAAGGCGACUUGGGUCGCGCUGCGGUUGCGACAAAGUCGUUCAAUGUGGGCGAUGUUGUUAUGGUGGACUUGCCGGUCUUGGCUGUGGCCGAUAGCCCGUUAUCAAACCCUUUGAGCCGGCGCAUCCGGGACGUCCUUCAAUUAGUCGCGGAUGAAAAUCCCAACGCAGUUAUCCCUGUGGAUUUACAGGCCAAUAUAUUGGCAGAAUACUCCCAUAUCUCUCAAGACAAAAGAAACAUGAUCAGCACAAAUUUCGCUGCUCCGCCAAUCGACGCCGGCCAUGGGAUAGUGGAAAUCCUCGGUUCACUGGCAUCAUCAGCCCAGCAGAAUGUCGAGGAGCUAGGGCGUUUCUCCAUCAAGGAGCUCCACCACGUGCUAUUAGUAAUGGCUACCAAUGCUCACGAAUACAUUGAAAAUGGUCAACUAUAUGUCGGGUUAUAUGACCAAGGGUCCAAACUUGCACAUUCGUGCUCUCCCAAGACAGUAUAUAUCGGAAAUGGAUCUGAGUUAAGGCACUAUGCUUUGAAAGAGAUAAAACCGGGCGACCUUAUCACGACAAAUUAUGCUAUUAGCGAUGAUAUUCGCGUUUGCUGGCCGACGCAUUUACGUCAAGCAAAGCUUUUGGCGACCAAGUUCUUUCGCUGCGAGUGCGAGCGAUGCAUUGCCCCCGACGAUUGUAGAAAGUUGGUAUGCCCGAAGUGCAAGGUGGCCAGCGUUAUCCUUUAUCCAGUGUAUGAAAAGGGAGGCGAUUUCCAUCCAUGGCGUUGUAGCUCUUGUCAAGCUAGCUUUUCAAAUGCUGACAUGCCGCUCAAAACGGAAGCCCAACUUGAGAAAGCCGUACUGGAAGCCACGACAAUUUUUGAUGGAUAUGAGACCACAAUGUUUGACAAGGGGUUCUUAAAGAUGGAUGUUAUCCGUAGGACGGCAACAGAAGCGCUAGGUCCUGCUCAUUGGAUUUCCAACUGGGUGAAAGGGUUUCUCUGUGUUCAAAUGGCGUCCCGUGGAAACCAGAGGAAGGCCGGCCAACUAGCAAUGGAAUGGCUGGUUUGGUCAGCCGAGCAUGUGAGGCCGCAUUAUCCUCACAUUCAUGCGAGACAUUUGGCCUCCAUUGGACCCUAUUGUGUGCGAGCGGGACUGGCCAAAGGCUUGUAUGAGCUUUAUUGCAAAAUCGUGCCGUGGGUGCGGGCCGAAUUUAUGGGAAGUGAGGAAGUUGUCCAGCGAUUAAAUUCUCUGGUAGCUGGAGCGGAUCAAGAAGACCAAAAUAGGACCGGUGCGGUUGUGAAUGACUGGCUUCCUGCAGAGAUCACAACGAAGGCGACUGUUACAAACAAACAUGAAGCCACACCGGCAACAAGUGGCAGAAAGAAGAACAAGAGACGGGGUCGCAAAUAGAGUUUAGAUAAUGUACAUAUGAUGCUUAUUUAAUCCAUCGGUAUACUUUUCCACAACGCCUGUCGUGCGUUAUAAUCGAUUGCGAAAUAUGCACUUCCUGA